GGGGUGUUGGGGGGCGGAGCCAGCGGACUGCUGCAGCUGUCCAUGGUCGUGUAGUGGGAGCCACAGCGGGUCCGGAUACGUGCGAGAUGCGGCCAUAGUCACGCUACACCGCCUCAAAGCAGCAGCAGCAGCCGGGAUCGUGAGUUCUGCAGCGAAUCGGAGCCGACUGAAAGCCCGUGGACCUGAGGCAUCAUGGCUGAGCAUCAGAGGCAGCGCUCCCUGUCCACCGCCGGUGAGUCUCUCUACCAUGUGCUGGGAGUUGAGAAGUUGGCCACGACGGAUGACAUUAAAAGAUCUUACAGGAAACUGGCCUUAAAGUUUCAUCCCGACAAGAAUCCCGACAAUCCAGAAGCGGCAGAUAAAUUCAAGGAGAUCAACAACGCCCAUGCCAUUCUGAAUGACCCCACAAAGCGUAAUAUUUACGAUAAAUAUGGUUCUUUGGGGCUUUAUGUGGCCGAGCAGUUUGGAGAGGAGAAUGUUAACACCUACUUUGUCCUGUCAAGCUGGUGGGCAAAGGCUCUGUUUGUAUUCUGCGGCCUGGCCACCGGCUGCUACUUCUGUUGCUGCCUGUGCUGCUGCUGUAACUGCUGCUGUGGGAGAUGUAAACCACGGCCGCGGGAGGGCCAGGACCAGGAGUUCUACGUGUCCCCCGAGGACCUGGAGGCCCAGCUGCAGUCUGAUGAGAGAGAGGCCGGCGGCGACCCCAUAGUGCUGCAACCCGGAGCCACAGAGACGACCCAGCUAACAUCGGAUGGGCACUACUCCUACCACACCGACACCGGCUUCAACUAAUCCCGCAAUCCCGUCAGUCCUGGCCUGGGGUCCUGCCUGCUUCCUUGCUCCCCCUCAGUGAGAUAAAACAAAGGGGCAAUUCAUCUUCCCACUUCAAAAAGAGAGCCGUGCAGAGGAGAGGGACUAGUAAGCAUGGCCCGUUUAAAGGAACUAACAAAGUCACAUCCAUACACUCCUCCCCGAUUGGUCCCACUGCGUAUUCACUCCCCAUUGUGAGAAGAAAAGUGAAACAACUUAACGGUCUCCCCUCGUAUUUCUUCUUUUCUAUUUCUUAGCCUUUAACCGCCCAGGUCGCCGCCCCUCCUCUCCCUUCCCCCAUGUUUUUUGCAUAAUGGUGUAGCAUGCACUGUUCAGACAGCAAGGACUCAAAAGUUACUUCGAUCCUUUUUGCAACAUCUAUACUUUGCGAAAUUCUUCAUGUAUGUGCAGACUAUUCAGCCACGUGCAGCUCACGAGGUGUCAGGAAGGGGGGGCUCAAGUUUACGAGACGUUAUCAGGCUUAGAGGAAUGAGGAGCCAUGGUUCAGGAAAGUGUUGGUUAUAGAGGCGUGUUUGUUGUCGGUUCAGGCGGUCAGUGCCAUCAUUAAACGUUUAACGAACCAAGUGGUCGCCCUCUUAUUUCUGAUUUGCAAUCAAUCGAUACACGUUUCUUUUUGGGUUCCCAAAGGCCGCCCGUCGUUGUUGGACCCGCGGUUUGUCUUUUAGCACUGUGCUUGUUCGUCUUUCGUGUGCUUCCCUGGGUGUUUUUAGUGUGAACCAUGAGGUUGUUAAGGCACAGAGCUUCAUUUACAGACUGUUUUUUCACAAACACCCGCUGACCCAACAUCUCCACAUUAGAUAUUAAUCAUUAGUAUUGGCUUGCGUUCCCUCGAGUCAGCCUGUUGUUGCAGCAGUUGAUUGCGAUGACUCUGAGAACCUUUGUGUUGAUUUGUGAUUUCUUGCAUUAUGGAUCGAACGUGUGUCAGCCCCAAGUCGUUUAAGUACGUCUCACUGGUAUUUUUGCCAUAUCAGCAGCUAGAAAUGACAUUAGCACCAGAUCCACGAGUUGUGAGGAUUUAAUCAAAGCUGAAUCAUAUAAAUUAUGCAGUUUUUUUUUGUUUUGUUUUUUUAGGGAGAUUUUUUUUGUUGAAACAUGGAGGUUAUUGGAAUUUUUACCUGCUGCCUUUUUCUCUGGUGUUUUUUUGUUAUUUUACUCAAAUGGUCGAACUAUUUUUAGAAAUGUCAUGAUUAAUUAAAAUGGAAGGAAAUGCAUUUGAUGUGGUUUUUGUAUUUAUUUUAGGGGUUUUCUUUGUGCUUUCACAGAGGCUCCAGCAGGGUGUGAUCAGUGCUGCUGAAAGGUAGAAAUAGCAGAUGUGUGUCAGCAGCAGCCCUUUCUUUUCAGAAGAUAACAUGUUUUGAACUCUUGAAUAUAUUUGGAAGUAAAUGUAACAAAAAAAACAAAACAAAACAUGUUACUGGAGAAGAAAUCAAGCAAACUACAGAAGAUCCACCUAGAACUAUGUCAUUUUAUGAUUGCGCUUUUAGUCUUUGUGUUUUGAACUGAAGUCCAGCGACUCUGAUAUUUUGUCCGAUGCUGUGAUCGUUUCUCAUCGUCAAGUCUCUUGAAUCCAUGUGAAGAUGCUCAUCAGUCAUAUCAUCUGUGAGCCAGUGCGACAGGCAGCUCCGAGUAAAAAGAGAUUUUUUUCAUACUACUGAAUUUGCGUACAUUGCCACAAAUUAUUGCCAUAAAUUGCCAUGUACAUCUUUGCCACUUCCGUCAGUUUCAUGACUGCUAAUGAUGUGUUUCAAUGGUUUACAAAUGGUGAGCUCCCGUUGCCCACCCUCUGCUAUUAACGGUAUGGAUGUAGACCUCUGUGGCCCUUGUAUGAUGUUACCUGUAACCCUUUGAUGAAACAUAGAUGUUCCUGUCAUGGCUUUUUCAUUGAGAUACUGAAAAAUGCUACUGUAAAUGUUCUAAGUUGAAUGCACUGUGUGUUUGAAAAAAUACUAUAAUGGAUCAAUGAUCAGGAAAUGACUCCAUAAAAAGACAAUAUAGUAUAUAGUGUAACUAUAGUGAAAUGGUUAUAUGAUGCAUUUUUUUUUUUAGUUUUAUUUAUUUCAUACUUUGUCAUGUUUCAGAUGAUGAUUGACUAUAAUUUUCAAUGGUAUGGUGUUGUAAUGUAGCCAUUAAAUUUUGCAAGGAAUGGUUUAAUGGUUAAGGUCGCUUGUACAUACACUUGGCCCAUAUAAAGUAUAAACCUUAACGUUUAUGUUGUAGCAUGGUAAAUGUGUGUCUGGAAGAAAACAAGUGGAUCAUUGAUCUGAUUUGCUGUUGUUGAAUAAAUGUUCCUCAACAUUU